GGAGGCGGAGAAAGAAGGCCCUGGAGCUGCCCCAGCACAGGAGACCGAAAAGGUGGUGCCGUUCCAUCCACCGCAGGAGGGUGCAGCCCUGGACCACAAACAAGAGCAGGAAUCCACCCGAGGCCGCUUCCGCAGAGCAGCGCAGCUCGUUUGCAAAUUCAUCAGGAGCAUUCGGCAGGAAGGGACCCUCUCCAGGGGCGCUGGGCUCAAAGCAUACUCAGAGGUCCUCAAACAUGAGUCCAGUGCUGCCCUGCUGGAUUUGCUUGUGGAGAGGGGUGUUUUCAGAGCAGAGCAAGUGCCUGCCAUGGUGAGAUUCAUCCACCAGUGGCUCACGGCCAAUGAUUCUGCUGAGCACAGGCUGGACAACACCCUGCUGCAUCUCACCAAAGCGCAGCCAGAAGACGCAGUAAUGACACUCCUGCGUGUGGCCCCAUCCUGUGACAGAGCUGCCAUGGCCAUGUGGAAGACCAUCAUGUGCUCACCCAGGACGGCGGAGGUGGUGCAGCUGAUUCUCCUGGAUGUGCUGGGGAGCUGGCCAGAGUACAGCACAUGCACCUCUGAUGGGGACAAAACGGGUGUCUUUGCCCUGGCUGCAACGGUGGUGAUGUGGAAGAUCCUCCAGGAGCCCUGUGUCCCACACAAUGUGAAGCUGCAUUUCCCCCGCCUAUUUGUGCGUCUGCUUUUCCAAGUCUUCUUCAGCACUAAAAAGAUGCCAAAGAAGGUCCUUACCUUCUGGAAGGGAUGCCGGGAGCAACACGGCCUUGCCACCAGCCCCAACAGGUUUGCAGUGAGGACCCUGAGGUCCCUGCUCUGCUUUCUCCAGUGUGAGCAUGUGGUGAUGUCAAUGGAAUGUAAGCGUGGCUGGGACACGCUGCUCUGUGCUGACACCCACCACUAUGCCGUGGGUCUGCUGGCCAGAGAAUUGCGCCAAUCAUCCAUAGACUUUUGUCCCGGGAUUGCAUUCUACCUGCUCAGGCUGCUCAGCAAAGAGAUGCCAUACUGGGAUCUGCCUGCCCUGGCCUUCCUGGUGGAGGUCCUCGAGUGCCUGGACUUGAGUGAAUGCAGUGACGAUGUUCUGGAGAUCAUGUCAAAGAACCUACAGCGCGAGUGCAGGGAGAGGCGUCGCCUGGCACUCAGAGGUCUCACGGUGCUCAGCAAGGAUCCCUCGAUGGCCAAAGGAAUGUGGAGCCUGACUGAAAAUCUUGUGGAGCUGCUGGAGGAAAAUGAUAGCGACGUGGUCAGGAUGACCACUGUUCUACUCAGAUAUUUAUUCCUCCAUAAUCGUGCCCCAAUACCGAGCCCCAUGGCCCUGCAGCUGGCUGAGGCGCUCCUGCCCCUCUUUGACAACGAUGAUAGCUUGGUGCAGCUGUGCUCCAUGUCUGUCUUUCAAAACAUGCUGGAGUUAUUAAUGGAAGAGGGAAGAAAGGCCCUGAAGUCACCUGUGCGCCAGAGCCUGCUGCCACUCUCCUUCCACUGCCAUGAUGAGAAUCAGCAUGUGGCAGAGGCCUCUCGGGAAACGCUGUAUUCUUCAGCCAGAUUCCUGAAGCGGAGGGACAUCGAACAAAUGCUGCAGGUGGAUCAGACAUGGAGGUUCGGCGAGGGCCUGCUGGCAGAGGACAGGAGCCGAGCGGCCGAGCACCUGCGCCGGGCCCUGCCCUACCUGCAGAGCCCACAGGAGUCCCUGCGAGAGGCGGCCGUCAGGUUCAUGGGGAUGGCCGGGCAGAGGUUGAGGGGGCAGCAGGGAGAGCUCCAGCUGAUCUGCAAUGGCCUUGAAGAAGUGACAAAUGACAGCAGUCCUGCCAUCAGAAACAUGGCAAUUGAAACAGGGUUCGUGAUCCGGGCAAUACAGAGAGCUCCCUACUCCACAUUCCGCAGGCUACGAGAUCAAUUCCGCAGCGCAUGGAAGAGAUGGCCUCGUCUAUGCAGCCCUACCUUCCUGUGCUGCUGGAUCCCUGUGGAGGCCUGAUCUGGAAGGCUUUGCCUGCUGGGGCCACUUGAGCCAGCAGCUAUUUUAUUUUUCUUCAAGUUUUUUGUUGUCGUAUUUUCAUUUUGUUUAGUAGGUAAAUAUAGUAUGUGUUAUAAAAGACAGA